AUGCCUCCCACGGAAAGGAAGAACAACCUCGAUCUUUCGAUACAGCUCCUCCACCCAGAAACGCCCCUUCACGGAGGCAGUGUCAUUCUCGGCCACAUAGUUCGCAAAUCGCACAUCGUCGCCGCCAACGCCACAGUCCGCGUCCGCCUCUUCGGCCGUGCGAAGGCAAAACUCGUCGUAUCCCGCGGCAAUAACCAAAAGAGCUACUACCGUUCCCGUUUCAACUUUUGGCCUGAGAACGCCGUCGGCGAUGUAGUCCACCGCGGACCUGUCCACGUCGCGCCCGGAGCUGGGAGCCAACCUGUAUCAUGGCCUUUUGCGCUCGCAUUGCCGACGCAUACGGAUGCUAGGGCUGUGAAUGCCUGUGGCGGGGAGAGUGCCAAGGAGGCGUGCUUUUUGCGCCCCAACGUCGGGGGUCAUGCUGGCCUAGGGCUACCCGAGCAACCGCUGCCGGGGACAUUUCAUUUCGACGGGUCUGGGUUCAACAAGAGCUGGCAUGGUUUCGUCGAGUACUGGGUUGAGGCCGAGCUGGCGGUGCAUGGGAAAAGCACAGUCGUAAAGGCGGCGAUGCCUGUCAGAGUAUUUUCGCCUCCGGUGCCAUCGCCAAUGAUCAGCGACUUUAGGCUGGAGAGGCGGAACAAGACUGGGUGCGUGAGCAGUCAGCGGUUGCUACCAGGAAUGACUGACGCGGAGCUGUCGUUCAAGCAGAAGACGCAGAAGUUCUUUGGCUCAUCCAAAGUUCCCACCUUCCACUACACGCUCGAUGUGCAGUAUCCCACGGUGAUUCAGCUAGGAAACGAGGCGACCAUCCCGUUUCUGCUUCAUCUGACACCAUCCAGGGAUCGGACGUCGGAAAUUAUUGAGGAUGUACCGCAGACGGUGACGAUAGAGCAGCUGGAGCUGGAGCUGCAGACGACGACGGGCAUCAUUUGCCCCGGAACUCUUGAUCCUCACGACGCAAACAAGACGCGGAAGCUCUGCUUGGCGCGAUUGAAGCAUCUCUUCCAAGCCCAAGAUAGCACCAUUGUUGUCCCCUCGGGUCCUAAGGAAGUUCCUCUAGACCUUGGUGCUGUCCUGGAUCUGCGAGUGGACGCGCUGGGACGACUGCUCCUCGGUCAAAGAAACGGUGCAGGUUCGUUUGGGCAGACGGUCGUGCCUACCUUUGUGACAUAUUGCUUAAAGGUUGAGCACGUGUUGCACUGGGAGGUGAAGCUGUCGGUGGCGGGCGAAAGCUGGAAAUGUGAGGGAAGUCAAAAGUUGCUUGUUCUGGCACCAGAUGAGGAUACGGCAAGUGGGAGGACGAGGGCAUCUGCGGUAGCUUCGUCAUCGAUUGCACCGCCGCCGCCUGUUGAAGAGGUUCCUGCUUAUGAUGGGCCUAGCGAGGCAGCUCCAGCAUAUGAGAAGGUUGUGGGCGGUGGGGAAGAAGCACCGGCCAUUGGGGGAAAGUCUUGA